UCUAUCAGGAUCAGUUGUAGUCUAUGGAGUGUGUUGAGAACCGUCUUAAUGUGCUGCCUCUGUGUCGUCUGAGGCUCCACUGUGUCGAUACGAUUUUCAUAUAUAGAAAGAAGUACAUGAAUACGUGAUAGUUUAUUAUUAUUAUUAUCAUACAGUGUUUCUUGCUUUAUUUGUAUGUUAUAGUGAUUAAAGAUGACUUUGUCUCAUUCUGAAGCAGUGAUAGUGGUUAUAACGGCUUGACUCUUUAUGAGUGAAGAGUACUACACAGUGAAGGGAGCACACGAGACAAUGUCUUGGGUAAGCGCUGAGCGCGGAGUCACGUGUUCGGCCAGCCAGCCCGGAGGAUGGUGGUGUGGUGGUGACGUGCGCUCGGUCACCGAGGAUGACUGGCUCACCCUCGGGCACAAGCGGUGAGCGCCCACCGUGGGGUAUCAGCUACAGGAAAUGUGGGGGGAGAGAGGUGGAACUGAACACCCCACAAACGGAACAAUUACGAAACACCAUCUCGACAACACCGCAACGACGCCAUCUAUCGGAGACGAUCGCCAAACAAAAGAAGAUCAACAGCGAGUCAUUCCAGCACCAGAUUCUUCGGAGGAACCACCGUCAGAACGACCUAUAUAUUUAUCCAACGCGGAAUGCGGGGAGAGCAUGAUUGCACCUACAUCUUCAGGCGAGGAAAAUGGCGAAGUGGAAUUACCGUCUUCGUGUAAUAGCCAUGAAUCUGUACUUGUUCCUCCUUCUGGCAAAGAUAAAGGAUACGCUUGGGUGGUGGUUAUGGCAGUAUUCCUAGUCAACGUACUUGUUGCAGGAUACGUUAAGAGCUUCGGUAUUCUGUACAUCCUUAUUUUGGAAUCCUUCCCCGAUGCUUCCGGUGCUGCAGCAGGAUGGAUAUUGGGACUUCUCGUAGGAUGCCGGGGUUUGCUGGCCGCGGUGAUGGGGGCUUUCACAGUGUUGAUGGGCCCGCGUGCUUGUGUUAUCAUGGGUUCCCUGUGUGUGGCGGCUGGUCUGCUAGCUGCUGCUCCUGCUGCUUCCAUCAUACAUAUUGCCUUUACUUUAGGAGCGCUUGUAGGCGUAGGUCUGUGCAUGAGCGAAACUCCGGGUUACUUGGCGGUCACGGAUUACUUCCAAGACAAGCGUUCUUUGGCCAAUGGCUUCCGGGCCUCUGGGAAUCCCCUCGGCGGCGUCCUAUUUUCCCCUCUCGUCGUGGCGCUGCACCAGCAUUUUGGCCUGCGCGGUGCUCUUAUCCUCAUGGCUGGCAUCAUGCUCCACAUGGCCGUCCUCGGCGCGCUCAUGAGGCCCUUCCAGAUCCACCAGCACCUCGUCCAAGCUGACUUCUGGAAAGAUAACGCUCGCCAGAAUACGUCCGGCUUGAGGAUCUCGUCAUCUCAGCAGGUCAGAGCAUCAAGCCAGACAGCAAAGAAGAAGAAGCCAUUGAACUUCCGCAUACUGAAGAACCCCGCAUACUUGGUCUACCUCGCGAUGGUCAUGUGUAUGAACAUCGCUAUUCCUAACGCCCUUCUGUACAUGCCUGCUUACGGGAAGUCAAUAGGGCUGAGCGCUUAUGAGAAUUCGGUGAUCGCUUCAUAUACUUCAGCCUGUGAUUUCGUUAUGAGGUUGCUGUGUGGAUGGACUGCAAGUCUGAAACUGUACAAGUACCACCAUGGUCUCAUCGCUGGCCUUGUAGUGGGAGGAAUCGGAUGCCUGCUGACGCCCCUCUGCAACAACAUGUGGCAACUCCUGGGGGCUGCAACGUUGCUCUCCUUCUGCAUGGCCUUCUUCUGGACACUCAUCAACACCCUGCUCGCUGACGAGUUCGGGGGCGACGACAUGGCCAGCACGUGGGGCUUCUUCAGGAUGACGCAGGGCAUCUGUAGUUUCUUGUAUCCUUCGCUAAUAGGACUGGUAAGCGACACAACAGGAGGCCUGGUCGUUCCCUUCGCCAUGAUGGGCUCGGCGCUGAUCGUUGGAGGAGCGGUCUUCAGUCUUCGUCCCUUCGUCGCCAAAAUCUCCGGUUCUAAAAAGGAACAGAACCUCCAGAGCUCUUCUUCGCUGCGAGGAGAACCCAUGACUUAAGAUGUGGAAGAGGGAAGGACGUAAGGGUCUUGGAGGCGGGAGAAUUCUUAGAUCUUUUCAUUAAGGGGUGUUUCCAAGGUCUUAAGGAAUGGUGGAGGAGGUAGUCGGGGAGGAGAGGAAAGGGGACGAUUCCCUUAAAGAUUUUCAAUAAGAGAGAAAUCUAUGGCUUAGGAGAUGGUGGAGAAGGAAGAGGGGGGGGGGAGGAGGAAGGGCGAGAAUCCUUAGACGUUUCA